AUGUCCUACAACCCCUACCAACCUUCCGGUUAUCCUCCACCAGUGGUCGUUCCACCUGCUGUGGUUGCUCCUCCAGUAGUGGUACCACCACCAGUGAUGAUGGCACCUCCACCUCCAGUUGUCUACUGUCCACCUCCUGUAGUAUACGGAGCACCUAAUGUGGUCAUCUACGAGGACUGCUAUCCUCGUUAUCACCAUCAUCACCAUCACCACGGAUGGUGCUAA